UCAUUGAGGUGUGCAGAGCAGGGGCGGACUGACCAUUCGAGCACUCGGGCACUGCCCGAGGGCCCGUGGUCAGUAGGGGACCCCAAGAGAUGCCCCUGUACCUUUCAUUGGCUUUUUCAUAGGCUUUUUUGGGUGUUGGCGAGGACACAGGGGCCCAUGAUCCCCUAUUGCCCUGGGGCCCCAUGAGUUGUCAGUCCGCCCCUGGUUGCUGCCAAGAAAUUGUGUCCAUCAGUGCCCAGCAGUGCCGCCCAUCAGUGCCCAACAGUACCACCCAUCAGUGCCCA